GGAAAAUACCAAUCUAAAUUUCCCCUGCAUCAAUCAUGGCGAAAUCUAGGCCCCAGUCAAAACAUUCCCGCGCUGCGAGGCGGGCAGCUUCCCCCAGUCUCGAUGUCGACAAGUCAAUCACAUCUCUUCCGCGGGCCGAAGAAACUACAGUACAGCGGGAUUCGAUCCUAUCGGAACGCGCUAAUGCAGGCGUUUCGAAGAAAUCGUCAAAAGGCAAAGCUAAAACUAGAGCGCAGCGCUUGAGACAACAAAAGGGUGUUGAAAGAGCAGAGGCCGUGAUGGACCAGCUGGAGAAGAAGGUCGUUAAAAGUGAGGGCCGCGCCAAAUCCGUCAAGGCUCGUAGGGCUGAAUGGGAGGAUCUGAACCGUAAAACGAAGUCAAUGUUCGAAGCCCUCAACGAGGCUGACGAUAACAUGGACGAUGCCAUGAUGGACGAUGCUGCGGCUUCUAAGCCAGCGAAACGUUCGAAGCCGGCCCCUGUCACUCAGGCUCCCGUUGUGGAGGAACACGAAGGCAUUGACGUGGACGAUGAUAUCACCUGAUGCGUGGACGUCUAUCUUGCCAAGGAAAUACCGCCAUGGUUGCGCCAGCUAUCUACUUCCGCGGUCUAAGCUGGUUGAUCAUCCGUUCGAUCUCAACGGCGGCUGGUCCUGAAGCCCUCGCCUGGAGGAGCUCAAGGGCGUUGACAUUCUUUGCCCUGAAGGCUUCUUCGCCGGCUUUCGCAAUCAUGCCGCAUUUCACCCACAUUUCCAUCUUGUCCUCAGCCGGCAAAUUGGUGCAUUUGGGAACAAAUAACGAAGCGAGCUUUGUAUUUCCAGCUCCCAAAAUCUCGUUAUAAAAUGGCUGUUAUUUAUCCGUGAGCAUGCGGGCGCAUAUUCUGGGGUUGUUGGCCGACUUACCUCCCACCCAAUCGGGGACUUUUUGUUUUUCCCGAUUUCUUCCAGCUCACCCCAGUCACGCUUAGCUACCAAGGCCCUUAAUCUC